CAUUUAGAGAUAUCCACAAGGAACAAGAAGAAAAAAGCUACACGAUAUCCAACUCCAUUCCCUUCACUCCAAACUCUCGCCCAUAUAAGCAACCAUGUGAAAUACUUUCCUCUUCAUGGCCCACUAUAUAUUCUUCUCAAUUACACUUGUACCGGAAAACCGCCAUUGCUAAAAGCUUCAAAAACACAACACCCACAGAGAUCAUAAACCCAAGUACAUACACAUAAAAGGUGAUGGAGGGAAGUGAUGAUGAUGAUCGUCACGAGAAAGAAAACCCAGAAGCAGCAGAAACAAACUGUUGCAGUCAGCAAAGGAAAAAGAAGAAUAGGAUGAAGAACAAGAGGAGGUUCAGUGAUGAGCAGAUCAGGUUAUUGGAGACCAUUUUCGAGUCGGAGACGAGGCUGGAGCCGAGGAAGAAGUUGCAGGUAGCCGGAGAGCUUGGGCUGCAGCCUCGGCAAGUUGCUAUAUGGUUUCAGAACAAGAGAGCUAGGUGGAAAUCUAAGCAACUUGAGCACGAGUACAGAGCACUUAAAGGUAGUUAUGAAAGCUUAGCUUCACAGUUUGAGUCCUUGGAGAAGGAGAAACAAGCCUUGCUCGUACAGCUUCGGAAACUAAGUGAAUUGAGAACCAGAAGUCAGGAUGUAAAUUCUGGAACGGAGGAUUUGGGAGGAAGCAAAAUGGAUUAUACUUGCGGAGAGCCAAAAAUCAAGUGUGACCCAGAAGGAAACCAGAGUUUAUUGCAGGAAAAAUCAGGUGAUCCUUGUGGGUUAAUUAUGUCUUCAAGCCAUGAAUAUAGCACAGAACCUGAACUGCGGGGUGAAGAAGAAAGAUUUAGAGUUCAGAAAAUUGAAGAACAAACAGAUGGUUCAUUGGGAUCAAAUGAGAAAUGGGAUCAUGGGUUUGAUUCAGAGACUUUGUUUGAUCAGUCAUGUAGCAGCUCAAACUGGCUAGAUUUCUGGACUUGAAAACUUGAUAACGCUAUAAAUAUAGAGCUUGAGUGAUGGAUUUUCAGUCGUUUGUUCUCUAGGUUUGCUCUGACUCUGAAACAAAAAGGACAAGGAAGACGAAGCAGCAAAUAUAAAGGAUGUUAAUGGAGCAUUUGAAGUAAAUGCAGAGUACAAACUUGUGGGCUUCAAAUUAAAUUUCAAACCAGCAUAUGACAGAAAAAUUUGUGAAGAGUCAGUUGUUUCACCGUCAUGAAGAAAAGGAAGUGGUUAGUGCAAGAUCAAAGAGGAAAAAAUCAAGGAGCAAGAACAGGUCCUCUGGACAUAAAUGAUAAAAGUGGAGAGGGAGGGUGGCAGAGUUCUUGAAAUUACAGAGAAAAAGUAGUUUAGAAACUUAUAAUUACCGAUCGACCAUCAUUUACCAUGAUAGUUGGUACUUCUACCUCUCUGAUUUGGGCUCGAUUUUUAUGUUACUUAAUAUUUUUGUUGGUAGAUUGUGAUAUCAUUGAUUGUAUUGUCAUUGAUGUACAUUCGUAUUUAAAUUAUCAAUUUGUAUUUUGGGUUAUUUUGUACGAAUAUUAAAUGUUAUGAUGUAAUACAUUACGAUGGAUUUUUUUGAGCGUGAAA